AUGGCCAUCCAGGAGUGCGGAGCCCAGCCACUGCGCCCGGCUCAGACGACCCCCGCAGCAGCCUCCUCCACACCACUCGCUCCAGAAUAUUCGCCAAGAGUUGUCGAAGACUCCAGCUCGGCAACGGGUAACGGUGACCAACUUCACCGACCUCGCCAAGCCGCCCUUAUAGCUGGUUGCCUGGGCGGAACUCGAGCACAGAAACACGUUCAGAGCACUCCUUUCCAUCUGCUCGCCACCGAGACCGGUCAGCUCGACUCCGAGGCAACCGACAUCAGCCCGUCUGACGGGUUCCUGCACGCUCUUUUGCAACCCCGAGUCGAUAAACCGGUUUCUUCAUUCGGGAUCAUUAUGCUAUGA